AUGCGAUAUCGAUUUGGGACUUUAACGGUAUCCAAAUUGGAAUCCGAGCACACCUACGUGCUCCUAGAGUGCCACGCGCCGGCAGCGCGUGGGGGUGUCCAAAGCAAUAUUGAUCGCCAGAGAACUUCAAAAUGGAGAGCCACCCUUACGGCUACAACUGCUAUUCGACAAGUGGAGCAACUUAUUCAACUGCGGCAACGUCCAAUUCGGACGGAAAGUGGCCGGAAUUUCAACCCGAAAUUCGGCCGAAACCUAGAUUCUAAAUCGAGUGAGGAACCAUACCUGUUUCACUGGCAUUGGGAGGCGGAGGCGGCGGCGCAACUCCGGGAAAAACCCGGUUCAAACCAGUCGAAGCCGUGGCUUGAAUUCGAGGUUUUCGGCCGGGAUUUUGGGUGCGAUGUGACCGGGACAUCGAGCCGGUUCAAACGUGACCGGUCUCACGUCCUGUGGUGGCCGGACAGCUGUGAAUCGAAGAGAGAGAGGGACGAUAUCAAGGGGAGAGAGAGAGAGAGAGAGAGAGAGAGAGCUGAGGGCUUUUUCUGA